AUGAAGGAGAGCGAAGCCAGGAACGGUGACAAUGGUGACAAGCAUUGCAUCGAAUCAGAAAUAAAGGAGAUCCAGAAAUCGAUUGAGUCAUUUGAGAGAAUAGAUGAAACUGACCAUAUGGAAGUGUUUCGGUGGUUGUGCAGAACAUCAGAGUCGAGAGACGUCGUUAGAUGGGCUAGAUGGUGCUUAAAGACCAGUGGUUUGGAAUUAUUAGAGGGAGAAGAAAAGGUGGACCUUGAAGAAAAAGAAGAAGCCGGAGAAUUGAACGAAUCUAAUAAACAUGAUCAGGAUGAGGAUGAGCAACCAGAUGAAAAGCGACGACGGCUUGAAUAA